UCUUCCUCUUCCGAGUUAACUUCAUGAUACGAUAAAGUUAGAUGAUCGUUUCGUUCUUGGAGUCUGAUUGUAGGUUUUUGAAACCCUAGCUUCCAGGCAUAGUUGGCGUAGUCAAUUGACUGGUUUUUGACUGAUAAUUUUGUAGUUAGAAGUUUGGUUACAGUGGUUUUACCGAAUGAAAAUUAGGUCAGUUAUUUCAAGAACUGUGCGUGAAGGAAAAAUAGAAUAAAUAAAACUGUCAUUUUCUCUUUAAGAUGAGUAGUUUUGAGCACUCCUAUAUGAUCGGGAUUUUUUCUUUUUUCUUUUUCCCAAUAUGUUGAAGAGAAAGAGGCCUUACUUCUAUUCCUAAACGCAACCUUACUUUAUCCGAGGACCUUAUUAAGAUCAUGGAACAGAGACUAUCAGCUAUUGAGGACAGGAGUGCUCUUCUAGAAAAUCAUAAGCCAGAGGCCUCACCAGCAGAGUAUUCAAGAGCUAAUAAAGAGUUAUGGAAGUUGAGGGAUUCCAUGGACCUUAUAAAUGAGCUAAGGAACAAACAAAAGGAGAUUCAUGAGUUGAAGUCAGUGAUAGCUGGAUGCUCUAAUGACAAAUACUUUCUUGCUAUGGCAACUGAGGAGUUAGAGGCCAUGGAAGAAGAGAAUUCGCUGCUGAGGGCAUUACUUCCUAAGGAUGAUGUUGAUGAGAGGGACCAUACUCUGGAGGUAAGAGCAGACAUUACAUACAGAGUUUUGCCUUUCUGUUGCUGUGUUUUUGCUUCAAUUUCUGGAGCUGGUGUUUAUGGGAAGGUAAAAUUUGAGAGUUCAGGUUUUCCUACCUCCUAUUAAGCUCAUAAAAUGUGACUUCUAGCUGCAGUUACUAACAAUUCUAUGUUGGUAGCGAGUACCUCUAACAGAGAAGUCUGGACGUCUUCAUACCAGUGCUGUAUCUGUUGCCAUACUCCAACAGGCUGAUGAGGUAGUUGGCAUAAAAUUGGAUAUUUUAUGAAUUUUCGUCUGAGCUACAGUGUAAUCAUCAGAUAGUUGUGUUUAGUCAUUAGAGUCAGACAGCAGAUGCUCAUUUGUACAUACAGAGACAUUAUUUCAAUCUUAGGUCUUUAUUUUUGUUCUUCCAUCAUUUAUGUUAUAUUUGGAAAUUACAUUUAGUUUAACUAGUAGAUGAUGCAAAUUCUACUAGGAAAUGAUAAACAUAGACCAUACAAUCAAUUUUUAUCAAUUUCUGAUUCUUUCUCUUCUGCAACAAGUACUGGACAUGGUAGUUCUGUUCUCGAGGAGUAAUGAAGGAGAACAUAUGUUGGAAGUGCUAGUGUCAUUCUUUUGGGGAUUAUGACUAAGUCGAUGCAUUUCGCAUUGACACUGAUCGAUUUAUAUGUUGCAUCCUUAGCUGCAACCGAGAUAGAACAAGAGCUCUCGGUCUGACACAUGAUAGCUUCUUCAGUUUCGAAUAACAAUUUUGCUGUCUACAACUGUUAUUGUCAUUAGAAACUGAUUAUAUGAUCUUGAAUUUGACUGUGA